AUGGUAAGUGUUUUACCAUUAUAUGUUUUGAUAUGCUCGUUGAUAUGUAAUGUUCAUGCAUCAUUAGGUUUACAAUCAUCAUUUGCUGGUCCUCAAUUUAACACUAUUGUAAAUUGGACAUUAACCGUUCCUUUCAGAUCGAUUCAAACCAUGCCAGUGGUGGAUUUUGUUAAUCGUACUUGGAUCCAAGUUGAAACUCCAACCUUGAACAACCCAAGAUUAGCAGGUAAUUUCACUUUGAUUGAAUUAAAAGCUGCUCCAUUUGAUUUAAUUAAAAAAUUCCAAGGUAAUACUAAUGCAAAGACUAUUAUUAAUAAUUUUUCAAGUUAUAAAUAUAAUUUCGGUUUAGCUGAAACUUUAACUUAUAAAUUAAGUUCAAUAAUAGGUGCUUGGUCACAAAAUUAUAUUUACAUUGUAUUUCAUUAUCUUGAUUUGGGUGUUGAAUUCGCGGCUAGAUUUAUUAAACUGGCUUUUCGUUUAGCUAAGCUGUAUGAUUGUGGUGGUCAAAUUGUGGAAUUUAUAAUUGAAGGAGAUGAAAUUCCUUGGAUGGUAUAUGUUGGUACUUGGACUUUAGGUGAAACUUGUCAAAUUCCUUCUUCAAAUCAAAUUAUUAUAGAGAAUGUCCCUGAUUGGAUUAAAGAAAAGAAAGAUCAGAAAGAUCAAGGUGAAAUUGAAGCAUUCACAGUUAAAGUCGAUCAUAAUAAUGGUCAAUGGUUCUCAGAUGUCAAAUUUUGUAAAAAGACUGCUAAAAAUUAUCCAUGGCUUAUUCCAAAUUUACAUAUACCUAAUAAGUAUUUGUAA